AUGAGUGCUAACAUUGACGAUGUCCCAAUCGAAGUUUCCAAAGUCUUCGAUACCAUUUUGGUUUUGGAUUUUGGUUCUCAAUACUCCCAUUUAAUCACCCGUCGUUUGAGAGAAUUCAACGUUUAUGCUGAAAUGUUGCCAUGUACUCAAAAAAUCGCCGAAUUAUCAUGGAAACCAAAAGGUAUCAUUUUAUCCGGUGGUCCAUACUCAGUUUAUGCUGAAGAUGCUCCUCAUGUUGACCAUGAUGUUUUCAAAUUAGGUGUUCCAAUCUUGGGUAUAUGUUACGGUAUGCAAGAAUUGGCAUGGAUUAACGGUAAAGGUGUUGCCAGAGGCGACAAAAGAGAAUACGGUCCAGCUACUUUGAAUGUCGAAGAUCCUGAAUGUUCUUUAUUCAAGGGUGUUGAUCACUCUCAAGUUUGGAUGUCCCAUGGUGAUAAAUUACAUGCCUUGCCAACCGGUUUCAAAGUUGUUGCCACUUCUGACAACUCUCCAUACUGUGGUAUUUCCAACGAAGCUGAAAGAAUCUACGGUAUUCAAUUCCACCCAGAAGUUACCCACACUGCUGAAGGUAAGAAAUUGUUGAAAAACUUUGCUGUUGACAUUUGUCAAGCCAACACUAACUGGAGUAUGGAAAACUUCAUUGAUACUGAAAUUGCCAGAAUUAGAAAAUUGGUCGGUCCAACUGCUGAAGUUAUUGGUGCCGUUUCUGGUGGUGUUGACUCCACUGUUGGUGCUAAAAUCAUGAAAGAAGCUAUUGGUGAUCGUUUCCACGCCAUUUACGUUGACAAUGGUGUUAUGAGAAAGAAUGAAACCGAAAGUGUCAAGAAGACCUUGGACGAUGGUUUGGGUAUUAACUUGACUGUUGUUGAUGCCAGUGAAUUGUUCUUGGGCAGAUUGAAAGGUGUCACUGAUCCAGAAAAGAAGAGAAAGAUCAUUGGUAACACUUUUAUCCACGUUUUUGAAGAAGAAGCUGCCAAGAUUAAGCCACACGAUGGUUCUGAAAUUGAAUUCCUUUUACAAGGUACUUUAUACCCAGAUGUCAUUGAAUCCAUCUCUUUCAAAGGUCCAUCCCAAACCAUUAAAACCCAUCACAAUGUUGGUGGUUUGUUGGAAGACAUGAAAUUGAAAUUGAUUGAACCAUUGAGAGAAUUGUUCAAAGACGAAGUUCGUCAUUUGGGUGAAUUGUUAGGUGUUCCAGAAGAUUUGGUUUGGAGACACCCAUUCCCAGGUCCAGGUUUAGCUAUCAGAGUCUUGGGUGAAGUCACCAAAGAACAAGUUAAGAUUGCUCGUGAAGCUGAUGCUAUCUUCCUUGAAGAAAUCAAAAAAGCUGGUUUGUACAGACAAAUUUCCCAAGCUUUUGCCGCUUUAUUGCCAGUCAAAUCCGUUGGUGUUAUGGGUGAUCAAAGAACUUACGAACAAGUUAUUGCUUUGAGAGCUAUUGAAACUGUCGAUUUCAUGACUGCUGAUUGGUUUGUUUUUGAAGCUGCUUUCUUAAAGAAGGUUGCCUCAAGAAUUGUUAACGAAGUUGAUGGUGUUGCUCGUGUUACUUAUGAUAUCACUUCCAAACCACCAGCCACCGUCGAAUGGGAAUAG